CCAAAUUCAGAUCUCCAAACCCAAAUUCCUUGUUAAUUUCACCAUUAGGGAAGAAUGAAAACCAGUCCUUUCCUGCUCCAGUUCUUCCUCAGCCUAGUUCUUCUAUCGGGUGUUGUCAAACCCGACCCGGACCCACUCCAAGACUACUGCAUUGCAGAUACCAAAACCCCUCAAACUUUCUUCAUGAAUGGUGUACCAUGCAUCAACCCAACCCUAGCAGUCUCUAACCAUUUUGCCACUUCUGCAUUGUCCAAGCCCGGUAACACCCGGGCCAACCCGUUCGGCUACAAUUCCACUUUCACAAACACCCAAAAUCUCCCUGGGCUCAACACACUGGGCUUAGCCAUGUCUCGGAUCGAUAUAGCGGCUAAUGGGCUCGUGCCGCCGCACUCGCAUCCACGGGCCUCGGAGGUGACCACUAUGCUCAAGGGUACUACACUUCUUGCGGGCUUUGUUGAUACCUCUAACAGGCUAUUUACACAACAGCUAAGGCCUGGUGAUUCAUUUGUGUUCCCAAAAGCUUUGGUCCAUUUUCUCUUUAAUUUUGACCCCAAAAACCCAGCACUAUUAGUGUCUGGGUUCAGUAGCCAAAACCCCGGUUCUCAAUUCACAUCCAUCUCAACAUUCGCAUCGAAACCCGCAUUGCCCGAUGAUGUUCUGAUGAAGGCAUUUCAAAUAAGCGGUCAAGAUGUUGCGAGAAUUCGGAGGAACCUCGGAGGGUGACCGGAAAAAAUAAUAUGAUUCGAAACCAAAUGGUUAUAUUUACUAUUUUUUUUUACUAUUUUUUUUUCAGUUUAAUGUAUAUUAUUUAUGAGUUGCCCUAAGCGCAGUCCCGACUGUAAAUCUUGUGGGGCCCACAAAUUUCACGGUUGUGCUGGUGCAGUCUUCAUUGUUUAUUCUUGGAUUUGGAAAAUUGAUGUUUGUCUUGUCAAUGUUCAAAUAAUUUUGGAA